UAAACAGUGUAUUUUGGUUGCAAGAACACCCACGUGUAACGAUCUUUCAGCAUACCACAGUCACAUCGCCAAACAAGCAAGAGAUCGAACGGUGCUUGAUUCUUUAAAACGCCAGAGAAAACCUCGAUCCUAGACAUCAAAUACCUAAGGUUUGUUUUGGUUUUUUUUUAUUACUAUUUGGGAUACAAAAUGAAUAUCGCUUGCUUUAUAAUCGUCAAAGAAAGCCUAGGAUUACGGGUGUCUUAAGUGGGCCUCACAUUAUUUAUUUUCCUUUAAACUCUCUCUCAUUUGGGUCAAACAAGUCAACAAAACAAAAACACUUUCUUUCUCUACUCCAUCUCUCUCUCUCUAGAUUCUCUCAUUUCUUCUUUCUUUAACCUCUGAGAUUCUCAACAAUGGCGUCGACCACUUGCGCUAGGGAGGUGCACUACAGAGGAGUAAGGAAGAGACCAUGGGGCCGUUACGCCGCAGAGAUUAGAGACCCUUGGAAGAAAACUAGGGUUUGGUUAGGCACUUUCGACACUCCCGAAGAAGCUGCUCUCGCUUACGACGGCGCCGCCCGUUUCCUCCGUGGUAUCAAGGCUAAGACUAACUUCCCUCCUCCUCUCUCUCUCAACCUCAACCACAUUCCUUCCGCCCCCUCCGCCACCGCCGCCGCCGCGGAUAACCACCACAACCAACACCACUGGUUCCCUGCUCCUCCUCCUCUCUCCAUCCCUGACAAUCACCACCACCACCACCGUAUCUUUCUUCGAACCGGAGUGCUCAGCGACAAAGCCUCAGAUUUCCCCACCACCGAAGCGCCGGUUUACUUCGCCGCCUCGCCUGAUGUUGCCACGUCAGCUUCUCGAGUGUUUGAGUUUCCGAUAAUGAGUCCUUCUCCUUCCUCCGCAACGGCGAGACGUGGCUUAGCCAUCGAUCUCAACGAGCCACCGCCGCUUUGGCUGUAAAACAUCGGCGCCGUUCUGCUGACUUCCCCACACGUCGCCGUUUUGAGCACUUUCGAUGGAGCUAUUAUUGUUUAACUUUAAUUUCUUUUUAGCAAAUAACUUUCUUAGAGUAGAGUAUGAGUAGUUUCCUUUUGAACUUGUCCUUUUCUUUUUGGUUAUGCAAGAGACGGAGGUUGAUUAGUUGUUAAUUGAUCAA